AUGCCACACGGCAUUGUCCCUUUCACACUUUUACUUCAUACAAGAUCGAAGCCCAGACUCGGCAGCGCCAACGUAAGGUCGCCCCUCGACGUUAUGCCGGUCAGGCAACCAAGCUCAGAACCUCUUCUCAUAGAACUAAGAGACAUUUCUCUUCGGACAAAGUUCCUUCGGACGGACACGAUAACGGUAGGGCAGCCAACAGAUCGUGACUCUGAGGCUGUGCCCUGA